AUGACUGCCAACUCAUUACUUGUCGAUGCAGGCAACACCUUCACGAGUAUGACAGUUGCCUGCCCCCUCGAGCCUCUGCAUCACGACCUCAUCGAGUGCAUCGAAGUAUCAUACAACACAGAAUGUUCGAGCUUAGCAACGGUACCCCGUCGUGGAACGAGGGCCUAUCUCGAUGAGGAUCGACGGCGGGAUUCGGGCAACGUGGUGGCUCGCAGCAACUGGGCACCGAGCCCUUCGAAUAUUUCCACGUUCCUCGCUGUCCAAACCUUCUCCACCUUCAGGACGGCCAGCACGACGAAUAUCCGAUCGUCGUCUGUAGGUGGUUCCUACAAGGAGAAGGAACUCGACCUCUCGAAGCUCAACUCGCCCAACGACACUUAA